AUGAAGUUUUCAAAUUCUUUGAAGUACAAUGCGGUGCCGGAAUGGCAAGAACACUACUUGAAUUAUUCGCAGCUCAAACGGCUAAUCUAUUCUCUGCAGGCUCAAGAUCUACGUGUAAUCGAUGAGGGCGGACAGGUAGACGCAGAACGCUUGAAAGCGCUUGAAGGGACGUCAAAAGCGCUUCAGAAAUUCAAAAACAAGUUCCGCAGAAACGAACGGACCGGCAGCGGCCAGAAAAAAUCCGAUGAAACUGCCAAUGACAUCGAGGGAGACGUCAAUGUGGAGACUUUGGAGUUGGACGAUUUCCGGUCCUCUGCACGCCGAAACGCGUCGAAGGCGGCCGCUUUUGACCAUCGUUCUUCGCUCUCCAGCGAUAGAACGCUUUUCAACCCACAGGACACGUUCAUGAGCAAACUGACCGACGAGCGUGCAAAAAUUGACGAUUUUUACAAGAAAUUGGAAGCCAAACUUUACGGUCGUUUCGAAACGCUACUCUCAGAUCUUCAAAAGGUGACCGGUGCCGGCCGUCGCGCCAGCGUUGGAACUGGCCUUGGCAGAGCAUCAUCGACCCCGUUCAAUGAAACUUUGGAUGACCCAGAAAGUGUGAUUGAUGGACGCAGUAACACCCACAGACGCGGGUCAGCAUUAUCAAGGCGCAGUACGGCGAUCGCAGAGCUGCACCGCGAGGGCGAUGAAGAAGAGGAAGAAGAAGAAGAGGAAGAGGAAGAAGAUUACGACGAGCAUCACGAAAACACCGCUUUGCUUAACUACUCUGACUUCAAUGUCAAAAGUCAAAAAAGGGCAAUUCUCAAAAAAAACUUGAUAGACCUAUACGUUGAUCUUGCCCAACUCAAAUCUUUUAUCGAACUCAACCGCAUCGGUUUCCUCAAAAUCUCCAAGAAAUUUGACAAAACGCUGAACUGCAACAUUAAGCAAGAGUUCAUCGAAUCCGGUGACUUUUUUGCGAACACCUAUGUAUUCCAGCCUCACACGUUGGAGACUUUGGACUCUCGAAUCAUGCAGCUAAUCGAUUCAUAUGCCCGCUUGACACACGGUGACCUGGUCGCCAGUAAAGAAGAGCUGAGAUCUUACUUACGCGACUUUAUCGUUUGGGAAAGAAAUACAGUAUGGAAAGAUAUGUUGGGGCUAGAGUCACACAACAACACUUUUACCUCUGCUGGAAGACCCGACGUAAACGGAGACAUCACCAAUUUGGAAAACAACACCCACCUAGAGUACCGCGUUUGGAAUCUUCCAAGACCUAUCAAGAUAAGAUCUUGGACGUGGUCCACCAUCAAGGUUCCGGAACUAUUUUUCACUCUCAAAGCUUUGAAACUGUACAUCAUUAUUGCAUGUACAAUUAUACUUCUCCUGGUUCCUACUUUCAACGAUCAUGCCCAACACCGUUGUAUGGCGCUUGUUGCUUGUGUCGCUUUCCUGUGGGCUUCUGAAGCUUUACCUUUAUUUGUUACAGCCAUCUUGGUUCCCAUGUUCGUCGUGGUUUUCAAAGUUGUUAAAACUUCGGACGGUAAAGUAAUGGAUGCCGCAGCAGCGUCUAGCUGGAUUUUGUCCAAGAUGUGGUCGUCCACUAUCAUGAUUUUGUUGGCUGGUUUCACGCUAGCCGCUGCCCUCUCCAAGUAUAACGUUGCAAAGGUUCUCGCAUCGUACUUACUCACAAUAGCAGGCACUAAACCCCGCAACGUUUUGCUCAUGACCAUGAGCGUUUGCUUCUUUUUGUCAAUGUGGAUCUCUAACGUUGCGGCCCCAGUCUUGACAUACUCUCUUAUCCAGCCUGUCCUCAAGACUUUAGACUAUAGUUCCCCUUUUGCAAGAUCACUUGUUCUUGGUGUUGCCCUAUCUGCUAAUGUCGGUGGUAUGGCGUCGCCCAUCUCAUCGCCUCAAAAUAUCAUCGCCAUGAACUAUUUGAAGCCAUACAACGUUGGUUGGGGUCAAUUUUUCGCCGUUGCCCUCCCAACCAGUAUCUUGUCCAUGUUGACUAUAUGGGGUCUCUUGUGUUUGACUUUCAAGAUCAACCAGACAACAUUGAAGAAAUACACUCCUAUCAAAGAAAGAUUCACAUUAAAGCAAUACUAUGUCAUAGUGGUAAGUUUGGCUACCAUCAUCCUAUGGUGUGUUGAAUCAAAAAUUGAGGACGUGUUCGGCGCCUCCGGAGAGAUAGCUGUGAUUCCAAUUGUUCUUUUCUUCGGAACCGGUCUGUUAAGCACUCAAGAUGUCAACAACUUCCCUUGGUCCAUUGUCAUUCUGGCUAUGGGUGGUAUUGCAUUGGGUGGCGCUGUCCAGUCCUCGGGUCUUUUGGCCACUAUUGCCGGUGCUUUGCAGCGUCGUGUCAUGGACUUCCCGAUAUACGCGGUUCUCAUCAUUUUCGGUGUUGUUAUGCUUGUGGUUGGUACGUUCGUGUCUCACACGGUGUCUGCCAUUAUUAUUGUGCCUCUAAUGCAAGAAGUCGGUGAUAAGUUGCCGGGGAAGAACUCUGCGCCUAUCUUGGUUUUCGGAUGUACUCUGCUCGCAUCAUGCGGUAUGGGGUUGGCAUCGUCAGGAUUCCCAAACGUCACAGCCAUUUCGAUGGUCGAUGAAGUGGGCAACCGUUAUCUGAGCGUCAAUACGUUCUUGACGCGUGGUAUCCCCGCUUCCUUUUUAGCAUUUCUCUGCGUCAUCACCCUGGGCUACGGGAUAAUGAACUCAGUCUUUUAA